CAAAGAAAAUGGAUAGGCAGCCCAGUCUGUGCUCACAGCUGUCUGUAAUGCAGAUGAGAAACAGCAUGGCCAGCACAAGUGACAGUGAAGACGGUCUGCAUAACUUUCUGCGGGGAACUUCAACUGCCUCUUCUCUACGUCACUCUCCCUGCCCAAGACCAUCUUCCAAGAUGAAACCAAUUGAAGAAGGUGUGGAGGAUGAUGUCUUUGAACCAGCAUAUUCACUUCCAUCUGACAUCCAGAGGUUGCCAUAAGCAAAUAAAUGACCAAACUACUGUGGAUGGAAAUGUCGCUUGGAGGAAAACAUAACCUCAGAAAGCUCAAGA